UUCCGCUCCCUGCCGAAGCUAACAGCUGGCAGCUAACAGAGGACAGCUAGAUGCUCUCCCGGUCAGGUUUUACCGUAACCGGUAGUUUUAUCAGGUUAAUACCGAAAUAUUUUGUGACGUUAAACCGCUUAUGUGACGUCGUCCCGGUAAACGUGCCUCCUCUGUCCGGUGUUCACGGGUUAACGUUGAGAAGUUACUGCAGACAAAUGCCUAAAAAAGAGAAAGCGGUGAAAAGACAGCCGGCUGGCGGUGGAGCGGCAGAGGCAGGGGCGUCUUGUCCGGUGGCCCGAGACAAAAGCGGUGCUGUUACCAUAACGGUGCACGCGAAGCCCGGGUCCAAACACAGCAGCAUCACAGAGGUUUCUGCAGAGGCGGUGGGAGUCGCCAUCGCAGCACCUCCGACGGACGGAGAAGCAAACACUGAGCUCAUUCGGUACCUGGCUGAAGUCCUGGACCUGAAGAAAAGUCACAUCUCUCUCGACAAGGGCUCCAGGUCCAGAGACAAACUCGUCAAAGUGGACUCCUCUCUGAGUCCGGAGGAGGUGCUGAGGAGGCUCAGGGAGGCUGCCGGCUGACAGGAGGGACGGAGGAGGUGGACGGAGGCUGAAACAGGCUGCAGGCCCUCAAGAGGACAGAGGAGCUGGACCAGGAUGGGUACUGGGACACCAACAUCACCAUGGAAACCAACCAUUCCCCUAACCAACCACCAGAGAGCAGGGAGGCGUCUCCAUCCCUGGACCUGCAGGAGCUUCAGGAGAGACGCUGCAGACGUGACGUUCACGUGUUGGGAAGUUUAAAGUGACUCGUGUUAAAAAGUUUUUGGGGUUUUUUUCUGCUUGUCAUUUGGUUGAACGACCUGUUGACCUUUUUAAAUAAACACAUUAUGGAUCUGUAUCAUAAAA